UUGUACAAGAAGAUGCUAAAUAGACCGCUCUCCAGAAAUGUCAGCCUUGUCAUGUACUGGCAUGAGGGGAAAACGCUCUGGAGAAACAGUCCUUUUGUUUAAAAUAGAAACUUAGAAGGCUGCCAAAUUAACACACGACAAAUUACUGAAUAUCCACUUCUUCUGGAGGAAAAAAAGAAAAAAGCCCCCUUCCUUUCUGAAAUGAAAAGGGUAAUUGCUGGUAGCAAAAUCCACGUUUCUUUCCUUUUCGGUGAAAUUCUCCAGCCAAGCUUGGCGCUAACCGAGUCGGCGAUUUCACUUCAUCCUUACUUCACAAAAGACUUCCAAAAUCACUGCGGCAGACACGGCAAAAUAAAAAUGUUAAAUACGUCCUGGCUGGGAGGGGACUGAAGCCUCCACGCUCAAUCAAAGGUUUACAAUAAUAGGAUUCAUAAAAAAAAAAAAAAAAGACAGAUGGGAUUAGAAAAUGUUGCAGUGAAGACUCUGGAAUGAGAUGAGAUCACAGCACCAGCCUGUCUUUUGUAGACCUGCACAAUGAUCCCCGAGCCAGACUGGAUUAGGAAACCUCGCGACUAGGGGUUCAGAGAGAGGCUUCCGGUUCCCGGCACUUUGGGGGAGAGAAGGCUGAAACGAUGCAUCAGAUUUACAGCUGCAGUGAUGAAAAUAUAGAAGUUUUCACCACCGUGAUCCCUUCCAAGGUGUCCAGUCCAGCCAGAAGAAGAGUCAAAAGCUCUCAACACCUCUUGACCAAGAAUGUGGUGAUCGAGUCAGACCUCUACACGCCGCGGCCCCUGGAGCUGCUGCCGCACCGCAGCGACCGCAGCGACCGCCGCGACGGCGAGGGCCGCAGGGCGGGCCGGCUGCACGGCGCGCGGCCGCAGGGGCCCCACCUUGCCAAGGCCCCGGCCAGACCCGUGGGGAGUUCGGAACCCAAAUCAUCAAAUCUGUGUGGGAAUCGAGCAUAUGGAAAGUCUUUGAUUCCUCCGGUGGCCCGGAUCUCGGUGAAAGCCCCCGGCGUGCUGGAGGCGGCGGCCACAGGCUCGGAAAACGGAGCUGUUCUGACAAGAGGAUCCAGACAUCUCAAGAAGAUGACAGAAGAGUAUCCGACCCUUCCCCAGGGAGCAGAAGCCUCCCUACCACUGACAGGAAGCGCUUCCUGUGGUGUCCCUAGCAUCCUCCGGAAAAUGUGGACAAGGCACAAGAAGAAGUCUGAAUAUGUGGGAGCUACCAACAGUGCCUUUGAGGCUGACUAAAGGUGACCCUCCCCAGGUGUCCUGAGUUGGCCAAAGUUCACUGCAUAUGGGGGAGAAAACUUCCAGAUUGGAACUGAGCCACAUUCACCUCUGCUAGUAGCUGGUCCAAACACAUCACCAUCUCUUACUAACCAAUAGCCCUGGUUUAGGGUACAAGCAAGGAACUCCCCUGGAAGGCAAAAGAAAAGUGUGCCUUCUUAGAAUCAAUAAAGCCACUGGUCUGAAAGUGGCUUUGGGAGGUCAUAGAGUUUAUAUCCCUAUCUUUAAGCAAAACCACACCACAAUCAAACUUUCCCAACCCAUUUUAAAGACCUCCAAAGAAGGAAGCGGGCAAUUCCUCAGUCUUCCUUGUGAGUUGUUCUAAUGUGUGUGAUUUCUGGUAUAAAUAUAAGAGCUUGACAUUUGAGGCACUUGUAAACACCGUGGUUCUUACUAUUCCUCUUAUCACAUUUAUUUCAUCUUGACAAGGUACAAUUUUUAAUGACAAAGUACUAUAUAUUAUAGUUCUAAUAUCCAUUUGACAGUGUUGUCAAGAUCAGUAUUGAUCAUUUGGCAUGAUUGCAUGAUUUCUCUAUUCUUUUACAUGCAGCUUUUCUAUAGAGGAACAUGAUUAAAAAUUAAACGUUGAAUGCUAAUGUUUUCUGAAGUGGCAGAGUCUAGUAAAAUUAAUAAUACCUUGCACUGGCAAAAUGAUUUUAACUUUUGAAAGUGAUUUCCCAUCCAUUAUCCCUGUUAAAGAAAGCACAAUUAUUCCCAGUCUACAGAUGAGGAAGCCAAGGCCUUAUGAGAGACAGUUAGUGGAACUGGAUACUAGGCCCUCAAGUCCACCAGACUCAUUGCUUUGCUUAUUUUAGCAACUGAUUUAAGGAAGGUUUUGAGGGGUAGGAGUAUGUCUCUGGGGGCAAUGUUUGAAAGGAAAAAUGUGAUAAAGUUGGAAAAAGUGAUUUAAAUGAAAUACAUCAUUAAGUAUUGGGUUGAACUUGAAGAAAUUGCCAUCUCUGUAGGUCAGAAACAACUGAUCAAUUUCACAUGGUUCAACCUAAUAUAUAAUAUUGUGCUUUCCUUCUUUUAAUGGAAAUGUCAUCAUUAAUCCCAUUGUUAACAUCGACAGAUUUACGAUGAUAAUAUAACGACAGCUCUCAUCUAUUAAAUGCCUACCGUGUAUCAGACAUGACACUGAGCACUUUACAUACAUUCUCCCUGUCUAACAACUCUGAGUUAGGUGUCCUUCUCCAUUUCAUAGAUGACAGUUUAAAGCAGUUAAAUGAUUAGUCUCGAGGUGCCUGACUCACAUGGGUGUCAGGCUUCAGUGCCUGGUGUUUGUAUCUAUUCCUUCACACAGAAUAGCUCAGAACAUAGAGAAGGAUCAAGGUUAGUAAAUAAUGUUCACCUCAGAUGCUAAACACCGAUGAUUGGCAGAGGCGGCCUAGAGCGCUGUGUGGAGGUGGAGUCUGAGAUGCAGGCGUGCAGUGGUCAGUUAGGAAUGCCGACCUGUAGAGGCCAUUAGUGGCACAUGUCCUGCAUAUCUGUCAUCCAUAGCCUCAACUCUGCCCCCAGAAGGCUGGUGUUCUAAUUCAGAAGCUUAAAUUAAUCCAACCCAUUUAGCAAAAUCAGACACUCCAUGGUGAAACUUAGUCUAAGACUCGGCUGGAAAUUGCCACGUCUUGGUACAAUGAAGAACUUAGCCACGUUACCAGUCUCAAGGGUUAUUCAUAGGCUACCACUCUGUCGCCUUUUGCUAAGUUACCCGUUUCCAUGUCUCCAGGUGAACCGUAAGGAGGCAUGGAGGGGUAAGAGGCCUGGGCUUCUGGGCCUUCACCUUGCUGAUCCCUGCCCUUCAGUCAUUGUUUUAGAUGCUCAGCACCCAAUCCUCACGUUGGAACAUGAUUUGGGGAUUCAGGCAUCAAGGGCUCUUUCGAUGAGGGCCUAGUCUCAACAGACUCAUAGUCUUGCACAGUAUAGAUAAUGGGGCCUGGAGCACAGUUAGGGAACAAGUAGGUGAUUUAUGCUGGACCUAUAUCAAUCAGAGUAUCCUAAAACUAUUUAUUUCAACUUAUUUAGUCUAUAGCUGAUGUCCUCCAUUUGUAUGUGGCACCUGGAGAUUUCUGUAGGAUGCAACUAACUUAUUUAUUUUUAAUUUAAAGAUUUCAUGAUGAAGUGUUUGCCUUGCAUAGAAUGUUUUAACUGACCAGUUCAAAUAAAAAUAAAGUAUGCUUUGUCUGUGACA